CACGUACGCGUGACGUAAUUACGUCGUGUCCACAGUGUCGCUCGUUUGAUGACGUUCCAGAACGUACGAAAAAGGUACACAGCAGCAUCGGUUAACGGGGUUCUUCUGCCCUAGCUAGCUAUAAUAGAGUUAUCACGCUUCGUUUUUAAUACGCAUUCAUUUUUACUUUAAGCUUGGGAAUCGACAGUUUAGGCUCAAGAUGUCGUACAUGCUACCACAUCUCCAUAAUGGCUGGCAGGUCGACCAAGCCAUCCUGUCGGAGGAGGACCGAGUCCUCGUGAUCCGCUUUGGACACGACUGGGACCCAACGUGUAUGAAAAUGGACGAAGUUCUUUACAGCAUCGCUGAAAAGGUGAAGAAUUUUGCGGUCAUUUACCUGGUGGACAUCACAGAAGUGCCUGACUUCAACAAGAUGUACGAGUUGUACGACCCCUGCACCGUCAUGUUCUUUUUCCGGAACAAGCACAUCAUGAUUGAUUUGGGUACCGGCAACAACAACAAGAUAAACUGGACAAUGGAGGACAAGCAGGAGAUGAUUGACAUUGUUGAAACAGUGUACCGUGGAGCAAGAAAGGGAAGAGGUCUAGUGGUGUCCCCAAAGGAUUACUCUACAAAAUACAGAUAUUGAUUUUAUUUUUAUUUUUUUAUUUUUUUUAAUCUAACUUUUUGGGAGGAGUUGUUCUUCCCCCCUGAUAUUUAGUGACACACAGACUACAAGUUACACAAUUCAAGGAAGAUCUUUUUCAACAUUUUUGUUUUUUUUGCUAGUAAAACAGAACAAUAUUGUAACCAGUGGUAAUGACUGUGUUGCAUUGUGCCAUUUGUGUUUUUUUUGUGUGCGCACAACAACGUGGUUUUCAGUUUCUUCAACUCAACUGUGAAACAGGUGCUUAAGAAACCAGACACAGUGUAAUAAAAAUCCUCAUAUUUGAACGUUGUAAUAAACAUGGCUGGAUAUUUACAUUUGAAA